UCGAAACAAGUUUAAAUGCUAUAUUUAGCCUACUAAUUUAGCAAUUAAAAGCAGACUGACCGUUUCGUCAAUAAUGGAUACACUCUGUCUCCCAUCGUUGAAUAAGGACGACCCGCGUUUUGCACUGAAAGUGGAAAACAAGCUGAAAAAUAUCUUUGUAACGCAGUUAGAGGACCACGGCAGAGAACUGGGAGAGAAUGUCAAGCACAUCCCUGUCAUAACAGAGUCAUCUAAUAGAAUUCUGAAAACGAGUGUCAACACUCUUCAAAGGACACUAGUGGUGAAGACACAGGUGCAGCUGGAUGAAGUAAACAGGCUGUUAAUGCGGAAACGACUUGAGGUCAAUGAUCGCAUGCAGGCUCUGGAACAGAGAAGGGCAGUACUUCUGGAAAAACAGGAAGAUAUAAAAGAGAGGGCAAUAAAAUUUGAAAAAUUUGUGGGGGAAAAUGAAGUCAAGCGUCAGCGUGCUCUGAAGAAAUAUCAAAAAGAGAAAAAAGAGAAUGAGCUAAGGGAAGUGGAGAAAUCCAAUCUAUAUAAAGAACUUGAGCAGCUUCAGAUCAGACAUCAGCAACUAAAAGAACGGGUUGAUAAAUAUAAGAUUUAUGAAAAGUAUAUGAUGAAGAUUCUAGAUUUACUACCAGAAGCUUAUUCGGAACACGGUUCAGAUUCUUUAGUGAUGCCCAUCAUCAAGCGCCAUGAGACAUUGUCCGCCACUCAGCAGGACUUGUUGCAACAUCUCACAGGUCUGGAAGAGGAACUACAACAGGGCCAAUGCAACCUGGAUUCACUUAAACUGGAGCACAGUACAAACAGACUCAUGUCCAAUAAGGAAUUGGCAAAACUGCAAACACAGUGGGCUAAAAUAAGAGAGAAGAAUAAACAAAUGGAGAUGAGCCUGUAUAAUCAACAUGAUCAGUCCCGAAAUCAGAUUGAGGAGAUUGGGUGUAUUUUGCUAGCAGUGAAAAAUAUUGCACAGCAAUGCCACCUGCAACACUAUGGACCUUUACAUCAGAUGGACUCCCUGAACAUGAUGGACAUGAUAAAGGAGUUCAUUGUGGAGACGGUGGAUACAGAGAGGAGAGCGUUGCAGAUAACAGACUCUGGUUCAGAAUGGAUGAAAAGUAGCAGAUGCAGAGGAAGAAAAUGAACAGCCCUGAAUGUAAACAGCUCCCAUAAAGUUAACCUAAAGAGCAGUAGAAAAAACAGUGAAAAUGAACUGCUGAGUUCCUCCAAGACAAUGUAAUAAAACACUGAUACAGUGACUGACAAUAAGAGACUUAAACAAAAGAAUU